AUGGCUGUACAGGUACUAGAAGGACGUCCGGGGAACUUGACCCCUGACCAAGAGGAAAAGCUCCGCAAGCUGUGGCUCGCUUUGCUACAGCUCUAUGGCGUUGUCGAGGCGCAUGAAGAGUCAACUGCAGAUGCUACGACCUCAACCGAACAGAGUGGUACAGCCGAUGCUGAAAAGCAGAAGAAGAAGCGCUUCCGCGUUUUCCGCAAGAACAAAGAUGAUUCCAAGGCACAAUCCGGCACGCCUUCGGUAAAAGUCGCGGCUGAAGAUGACAAGUACGGGCAAACCCAGCAGUACCACGAAACACUGGCAAAACAUAGCCCUGAGACCAUCCGUGAGACCAUAUGGGCCAUGGUCAAGCACGACCAUCCUGACGCCCUGGCGCUGAGAUUCCUUCGUGCCCGCAAGUGGGAUGUCGACAAGGCGUUGGUCAUGAUGAUCUCCACACUCAACUGGAGACACAGCGACAUGCAUGUGGACGACGAUAUCAUGAAGAAUGGCGAGGCGGGCGCCGUUGCGGAUGCCGCUAGCUCUGACGCGAAAUCGCAGAAGAUGGGCAACGAUUUUCUCGCACAAAUCCGCAUGGGCAAGAGCUUCCUCCACGGUACAGACAAGAACGGACGCCCUAUCUGCGUGGUCCGAGCUCGCCUGCACAAGCAGGGCGAACAGUGUGAAGAAAGUCUAGAGAGGUACACGGUGUACCUCAUUGAGUCUACACGCAUGGUCCUAUCGCCACCUGUAGACACAGCGACCAUCAUCUUUGACAUGACCGGGUUUUCCAUGGCGAACAUGGAUUACACACCUGUCAAGUUCAUGAUCAAGUGCUUCGAGGCUAACUAUCCCGAGUCCUUGGGUGCCGUACUGAUCCAUCACUCGCCGUGGCUAUUCCAGGGUAUCUGGAAGGUCAUUCGAGGCUGGCUGGACCCAGUGGUUGCCAGCAAAGUUCACUUUACCAACAAUGUGGCCGACCUGUCCGAGUUCAUUGAGCCAAGCCAAAUUAUGAAGGAGCUUGGCGGUGAUGAUAAUUGGGAGUACGAGUACACGGAGCCUAUACCCGGCGAGAACGACAAGAUGAAAGACACAGCCACCAGAGAUUCCUUGAUAGAGGACCGACACGCGAUUGUGAAGCAAUUCGAGGAGGCCACAAUAGAAUGGAUUGAGAACCCAGAAGCCGCAGAGGCCAAGGCCAUCAAGGAUAGGAGGGACCAGCUUGCUGCACAACUUAAGCAGGGCUAUUGGAAGCUCGAUCCAUUCAUUCGAGCCCGCUCCUUCUACGACAGGACGCGAGUGAUCCAGCCAGAUGGCACGGUCAACUGGAGGGCAGCCAGUGAACCGCAGCCCGAGGUCCCAAAGGGCCCCGAAACCUCUGCGGACGAUCUGGAUUAA